AUAUUUUGCCUCCACCGCCAUUCUCAAUCUACGCUUGAGCUUUUACAACGAUUCCUUGAUCGUUUAGUGAUCAUUCUCAUUGUUCUUGCUCUGAAUUUGUGUGGUUUCUUCGAUUUUGCGAUCUGGGUUUUGCUUGAAUGUUAGUUUUCGGGUACUUUACAUGUCUUUUUGUUUCCAAUUGCUGAAAUUUAGGCAUUUGUUCUUCGCGAUCUAGGGUUACGUAGAAACUCCGGUGAUAUCUGAAUAGUUUCGUGUUCCUGUAAUUGGAUAGUGUUUUCCGAUCAAUCAAGAUGAUGUUGUCGAGUAGGAAUCAUGAAUUUUCAUGUACUAAACUGGCGAAGAAGGGGCCGUUCUUCUCUGCUUCAAAUAGCUGUGGAAGAAAAGCUAUGGAGAAAGGGCCCUUCUUCUCUUCCUCUGAUUCACGCAGUUGCAACAUCAGCAACAAAUCUGAUGCUGUGAAGAAGAGGAAGAUGGAGCCCUCGUUACCAAUUGCCUGCAAUGACAAUAGUGUUAAUGAUGAUUGCAAUAAAUGGCAAAAGUUAGGCUCCUCUGUUGACUCUGUUUCUGAUGAUUGUAAUGAUCUGAUUCUUCAACAGGUUGCAAGUACUUCAUCAUCUCUCACCGCCUGCGACGAUGAAUAUUUGGCGAAGGCCCUUCGUGCUGCAGAGUUGAUGUGUCUAUUUUCUGAUCUUAUAGCCAAAAGAAGUGGUGACAAGAAUUAUCCAAAGAAGGCGCAGGCUGAAAGAGAGAGAUUGUUGAAAAUUAAGAGCGAAAAGGAUGCUUUGAAAGAGACUGAAAGGAGAGAGGAGAUUCAGAGAAAAAGGAAACUUGCUCGUUUUGCAUUGGAGGAGUUGGAAAGGGCCUAUGCUAGAGAGAAUGAUGUUGGUGUGGUGAAGGAGAUGGAAAAGCUUGAGCGUUGCUAUUCAUGUUACACUCGCAAUGGGAACGGCUAUGUAACAUUCUUGGUCGAUUUCAAAUCUGGGAUGAUUGUUUCAGGAGCGAUUCCAAGUAUUGCGGGAUUCGAAUUUCUGGAUGUUGAGCCACUCCCUUGGGACCAUUUUGGUGAAACACUUGGUCAAUCUUGGAGCUGCCAAAGCAGUGAGGUAUGGGAUGAAAGUUGGAGCUGUGAGAGCAACGAUCAACUGAUGUCGUCGAAUAUGUUCCAUAGCCGUAAGGGAUCAAAUGUUGUAGACAACUCUGAUGUCGAAGAGGGUGAGAUUGUGGAUUAGUUUCUGUUGUGUGCUGCAAAACCCGAAAAAAAAAAAUGAAGAGAAUGCUGGUUCUUUGGAGCAUUAUCUUUCCGGAUGUUUGUCUGUAUAUCCUAGAGAACAGGCCUUUUUAGCCCACUUUACGAUUUCAGAGGUUGCGGAGACAA